AUGACUAUCUCGGUGAAAUAUCAGAGGAAAAUAUCAGACGGAAACGAGCAGCAGGGUGUAUGGCAGUCCAACGCUGAAAUUUUCCUUGAAGAAUUCAUUCGUUUGGAGGGCCGUGGAAGUCACACUCAAGAUAGCUGCUUCUGUGGCAGCAACGAAUCAGCGCUGUAUAGAUGUAAGGAUUGCCAUGGUGCUGAACUGGUGUGUCAUCAAUGUAUCCUACACAUACACCAGCAGCAGCCAUAUCACCGAAUCGAGUAUUGGAACAGUAAUUUUUUCCAAACGACAUCACUCAAAUCCCUCGGCUUACGCAUUCAACUUGGACAUCGCCUUGCUUCCAAUGAUGAUUUCGUUGUCAUUGACGUCAAUGGUGUUCAUACCGUUGGGCUUGAUUUCUGUGGUUGCGAAACUGCUCAACUUCAAGUCACUCAACUUCUGCAAGUCCGCUUAUUCCCCGCGACGACAGUCAAACCCAAGACCGCUGCGACAUUCCGAGCGCUGGAAUACUUCCAGAUCCUGUCUUUCGAGUCGAAAGUGUCUGCUCUCGAGUUUUAUCACACUGUUGUACGGCUGACUGACAAUACAGGCAUUCACAUACCAAAGGAUCGCUACGAGUCACUUCUACGCAUGAUGCGAGAGUGGCGCUUCUUAAAGCAAAUGAAACGGUCCGGCCAGGGCCAUCAUCCUGGAACUAUUGCUGCCACGCAACCUGGUGCAUGUGUGGUGAUGUGUCCAGCUUGUCCCCAUCCAGGAAAGAACUUGCCUGAUGAUUGGGCAAGUGCUCCGCCUGAGUCAAAAUUCUUAUAUGCACUGUUCCUUGCCAUCGACACCAACUUUCGACUUACUCGGCGCAAUGUUUCUUCGGACGCUGUCGAUCCCGGACUCAACCAUGGCUAUGCAUUUUUCGUGGAGGAAACAGCAUACAAAUCUUUCUUGAAAUCGCAUGAACGAACGGUUCAAGAGAGGAGUACAUGUUCAAGCCACAACGCAGUCAAUCUGGCUGAUACGAAGGCGUCCCAUGGUCUUGCGGCAACAGGCACAGGUACGAUAGAUUGUGCGCGACAUAACUUCAAGCGGCCGAAUUCGGUCGGUGACCUGCAAAAAGGCGAAAGAUACAUCAACAUGGACUACAUGUUCUUUUCUAGCAUACAAUCGGCAUCUACACUUCAAGUUAUUAAUAUAUCUUACGACAUUGCGUGUCAAUGGAGCAAGAACCUGUGGACACGCAUGUCCGCAUUCCCUCAGCAGUACCACCUAGAUCACAACACAACAACCAUCACUUUUCUGGUCCCCAAGUUCCAUCUUCCUGCGCACGUCUUGAGCUGUCAGACGACGUACUCGUUCAACUUCAUCAAGGGGGUCAGGAGAACAGACGGUGAAGCACCGGAACGCGGAUGGGCCGACAUCAAUCCUGUUGCAACCAGUACUCGCGAGAUGGGUCCUGGCUCAAGGCGCGACACCCUCGAUGACCAUUUCAACGACUGGAACUGGAAAAAAGUAUGCUUGAUGGGUAAAACCCUUGCACGUAAGCUCAAGGCUGCCUUUCCGGAGCAUCUCGAACACACACGCAACUUAAACGACUUCGAGGCUGCGCUCGAUCCCAGCCAGCUAUCUUGUUGGAAGCAGGACAUCGAGGCCUGGGAGUCCGAUCGUUCUAAACCGAAUCCAUUCGAACUCAAGGUCACCACCAUCAGCCAAGCAUCAGUACGAUUGGCAUUGUCCAAGGCAGAAGCCGACGAACUGGAAUGUGGCACGAGCAUGUCUCUCCACGAUGACAUAUCGCCUUCCAUGCUCAUUUCAUCGGGGCUCGAACUCGAGGAUCAACAGUAUUCAACACUCUGGCAACGCAUCAAUUCCCUCCGUCGACGUAUUGAUACAUGGUCGCAUGUGCAACUACUCUACAUGCCAUGUGUAUCACGACUGUGUUCAUCCGACUACAUCGCUACCGAACCAAAGGUCCACUCAAUCAAUCUGCUUCUCCCGUCUGCGAUAACCAGUGGUCUACCCUGCGAGGAGUGCCUGUUAAAUUAUGAGUGGGAUCUACGCGAGGCACAGGCCAACGACGCUCUACACGACAUCCACCAUGUCCUCAAUAUGAAGUAUCAUCUGUACAAGCACAAGGACGUGUUUGUCCGAGGACAACGCGCAAAUACUUGUGCAACUGGAAUUCUCAACAAUGUGGACAACCGAAUCGACGCCCUUGCUGCCAAGUACAAUGCAGCAAGGAAUGCGCUUGUCAAGCUAGCAUCGAGAUUGCAGAAGGACGAUGACUGGAAACUCACUUUCAAGCCGCUCGAUCGUGCAAAGGAUGCCGUCCCGCUGCGACAAGAUGAUGGGUCAACUAUCGGCCAACAAACAGUGUCAUGGAUAUGGAAAACGCACGGUGUUUCGACCAACACGGAAUAUGGCCUACAGGACUCUUUGCGUUGGCAAGCUGUCUGGUGGGACGCACAGAGCUCACGGCGUGCUUUCACGUCGCCAGAGGCAGCGGAAGGUGGAGCUGCGUAUGCAUGUCGCCAGGCUUCACUUCGGCGAAGCAUGGCUUCCCAUUUUAGGUCUAUGUGGGAUGCUAUUCCAUCCUGGUAG